CUUUUGAUAUGCCUUGAUCAGGAAGUUAUAAAUGUGGAGAAUAAAACGAUACAUGAAGUGGCAGCGGUGAAACGCAUUUCAGAUUUCAAGAAUCUCACAAAAAGAGGUGUGGAUGGCAUCUCAGAGAGCAGAAGUGAAGAGGGCCAGUUCAGACACUCGACCACACUCACCAACCGCCAGCGUGGAAACGAGGUCACCGCCCGACCGGCCACCCUGGACACGCUGUCGGUCCAGCAGCUGGCCGCGCAGGGGGAGAUCGUGCAGCUGACGGAGCACCUGAGUAAAGACAGUUUCUUGAUCAACAAGCCGGACGAGCGUGGCUUCACGCCUCUCAUGUGGGCGGCAGCCUUCGGCGAGGUUGCGGUGGUGAACCUCCUCCUGGAAAAGGGAGCAGAUCCCCACCGGCUAGCCCGGGAGAGGGAGAGUGCCCUGUCUCUGGCCAGCUCUGGAGGCUACACCGACAUCGUCAACAUCCUCCUGAAGAGGGGCGUGGACAUCAACACUUACGACUGGAACGGAGGAACUCCUCUGCUCUAUGCAGUUCGAGGGAACCACAUAAAGUGUGUCGAAGCUCUCCUGGGUUGGGGUGCAGACCUGACGGUGGAGGCCGAUUCGGGGUACAGCCCUAUGGAUCUGGCUGUUGCUCUUGGACACAAAAAGGUCCAACAGGUGAUCGAGGCCCACAUUCUGCAGCUGCUGAAGAAGAAAGAGUGAGGGCCAGUCCGGGUCAGACGCUCUCCCAUGACGAUGCUGAGUCAAGCACUGCUGUCUGCUGGCAGACUGCACCAGGAGGUACCAGCCUAGCGAAGAACUCCAGGGAAGGCACCCGAGCCGAGACAUUUCCUUAAGCACCUUAUCACUUCCUGGCUGCAAGCAAACCUGGCCUUGAAUGACGCAUUUUGCUGAAAACAUCAAAGAUUGCACUAUUUUUUUUAUUGAUUUCGUUUUCUGAAAAACGGCAGCAUGUGGGUGGCUGGGGUACACCCUUUCCAAUGUGAAUCGAAGUCCAGAGCCGUGUUGUUUUGGAGAGUCACACACAUUCAGACAAAAAAGCAUAGAAGUUUCACACAUCCGGGAUUUUGAGAUCAGCAACACAUGAAGUAAAGCUCCAGACUACAGACACAGAUUUGCUCGGCAAAAGAGAAAAAAACAAACAAGGAACAGCGCAAUGCUCAAAUACACAGUAUCUUAGGCUAAGGAUUGGCAAAUGGGAUUUUAAAAAUGGGGAGUCUGGAAAAAUGAGGAGUUGCCAAAUUAUUUCUGUCCCUAUAUCAGAAAUGAACUGAAUAUGGUGUUAAAGUUCUUUCCAUUAACCAAGAGAUUAAAAUGUUUGGGGAAAAAAAUAACCCCAAACCAGACUGCAGUUUCUCUCCUCGUUUCAAAGCGAGCAAUAGCAUUCAUCAUUCUCCACACUGCUCAUUGUCUUUAAAUGCACCUAGACAAUUCUGGCACAAAAUACUGAAAAACUCUCUUCAUCACUCAAUAAAAGAAUGUUUAUUGAGGAAAAAAA